AAAUUACACGUUCAAUGGUUAAAUCAUUGGUGUAAAAAAAAAAAAAAAAGUUAUUGAGAACAAAAUGAGCAUCAAGACCAAAAUGAGCGUCACCAACUGGAGCAUCAAGAACGAAAUAAGCAUCGACAACAUGAGCAUCAACGAGGUGAGAAUCAAGAACAUAAUGGACAUCGAGAGCGGAGUUCCCACUCAAAGCAUCUAUGUUAGUUGGUUUAAUGGAAAUAACUGCUUCCUAGAGUGGAAGAACGGCGGGAUUUCAGGUAGUGGCUCGCUGUAUAGGGCCGACGGGAACGGCUGCAAUGUCCUAUGCGUCGGAGAGUGGGAGAACGGCUUCAUUUCAGGUCGUGGCGAGCUGUCUAGAGCCGACGGAAACGGCUGCAAGGUCGCGUGCGUAGGAAACUGGGAGAACGGCGGGCUUUCAGGUCGUGGCAAACUGAAUUGGGCCGACGGGAACGGCUGGAAGGUCCCAUGCGUAGGAGAGUGGGAGGACGGCGGGAUUUCAGGUCGUGGCGUGCUGUAUAGGGCCGACGAGAACAGCUGCAAGGUCCUAUGCGUCGGAGAGCGGGAGAACGGCAAGAUUUCAGGUCGUGGCGCGCUGCGUAGGGCCGACGGGAACGGCUGCAAGGUCCUAUGCAUCGGAGAGUGGGAGAACGGCGGGAUUUCAGGUCGUGGGACGCUGAAUUGGGCCGACGGGAACGGCUGCAAGGUCCGAUGCCUCGGAGAGUGGGAGAACGGCGGGAUUUCAGGUCGUGGCUCACUGUAUAGGACCGACGGGGACGGCGGCAAGGUCCUAUGCGUCGGAGAGUGGGAGAACGGCGGGAUUUCAGGUCGUGGCUCACUGUAUAGGACCGACGGGAACGGCUGCAAGGUCCUAUGCGUCGGAGAGUGGGAGAACGGCGGGAUUUCAAGUCGUGGGGUGCUGCAUUUUUCCGACGGGAACGGCUGCGGGCCCCGAAUCAUCGGAGAUUGGGAGAACGUCAUGAUUUCAGGUCCAAAGGGACACGGAGUCUUCUCCUGGCCUGAUGGGAACGGCGUGAUUGCUCCCAGUGGCAGGUUCAAAAGGAAUAUUACUUGUUGGGAGAAAGUUAAGCCCCUGGGCUGUGGGUCCUUCGGAUCCGUGUACGAAGGGAUUUCUGGGGAUGGAACCUUUUUUGCCGUAAAAGAAGUUUCAUUGCUUGAUCAAGGAAGUCGAGGAAAGAAGAGGAUUGCCCAACUUGAGCAGGAGAUUGAUAUAUUAAGUCAGUUUGAACAUGAAAACAUUGUUCAGUAUUAUGGCACUGAGAAGGGUCAUGGGUCUAAGGGGAGUGGGGUUCAAACAAAGCAAGGAUUUCCUGCAAAAAUUCAGUGGGAUAAAGAAAACUACUCAAAGAGAAAGAAAGAAAAAAACACAGUAACGAUUGACGGAUCCUUUUGUGCCUUGAAAGAAGUUUCAUUGCUUGAUCAAGGAAGUCAACGAGAGCACAGUAUUGUCCAACUUGAGCAGGAGAUUGGUCUAUUAAGUCAGUUUGAACAUGAAAACAUUGUUCAGUAUUAUGGCACUGACAGGGAUGAAUCAAAUUUGUAUAUCUUCCUUGAGCUAAUAACACAGGGCUCCUUAUUAAGUCUCUAUGAGCGUUGUAAUCUUAAAGAUUCUCAAGUCUCUUUCUAUACAAGACAGAUUCUGUACGCACUGAAGUUUCUUCACGGCAAAGGUGUGGUUCACAGGGAUAUUAAAUGUGCAAAUAUAUUGGUGGACCAAAAUGGAUCUGUGAAACUUGCAGAUUUUGGAUCGGCAAAGGUCACUAAAUUGAAUGAUGUCAACUCUUUUCAAGGCACUGCAUUUUGGAUGGCCCCUGAGGAGAUACUUAGGACGCGUGAAAGCACAUCUGAAUAUGGUGGAUGAUAUGUAUCUAAUGUGCAUGUGUUGACACAUGGAGUGAAUUGACCCCCUUAAGAUUUAGUAUGGAGCCUUGUUUUACAAGAUCUCAUUUCAUGUUGUUUCUUAUUGGUGCAAAUGCAUUUGUGGUUGUAACGAGCUAUGUGUUUGAUGAAGAAAGGAAGACAAAACUGUCUUGUUGCAUUUUCUAGAUAGACUUUUCUUCUUCAGCUUCAACUUUCAAGAGCCCGCGCAUUGGUAUUUGAUUAAAUGUACCUUAAGGCC